AUGCAAACGAGACGCCAUUUCGACUCAGACUCCCCAUCUGACAAUAUCAGCAAGUUCAAAGUGGUUGUUUUGGGUGAUCAAGGUGUGGGAAAGUCAGCCUUGGUGUGGAAGUUCGUUUACAAAGGAUACGAAGACAAAUAUCUGCCAACCAUUGGAAUAGAUUUUUUCACGAAGACAUGCUAUCUAGAUGGAAUUGCUGUCCGUCUGCAAAUCUGGGAUACCGCUGGCCAAGAGCGUUUUCGUUGUCUCAUACCUUCUUAUCUCCGUGACUGUCAUGUGAUCUUGGUCUGUUUUGAUGUGACGAAUUGCGGCUCAUUGGACAAUGUGCCCGAUUGGAUUGAGCUGGCACUGAAAGAAAAAUGUGGUCAAACAAAGGAUUCGUUGAUUGUUCUGGUGGGAAAUAAAGUGGAUGACAAAACUAAUCGGCAGAUUUCUUACGACUGUGCCAGUUCUGUAGCGGAAUUAUUUCGUGUGCCCUAUGUGGAGACUAGUGCUCUUACCGGAUAUAAUGUAGAGCUGUUGUUCAGGAAGAUAGCAAAAGAAAUGUUGGUCAAAGAACUGGAAAGGCGAAGACGAAAUAGAGUGCAUGGAGAACGUGAUCUGCAGGUGGAUAUUGUCGAGGAAAGGGUGGAUAAGUAUGUCAUAAAUCUUCAAACUACAGAAGAGCAGAAGACAGCUAUUCCGAAGAAACGUCGACGAUCGUGCAAAUGUAGUUGA